CGAGCGGCCAGAGGCUGGAGUCGGCGAGGAAAGGGAUGUAUGAAGGGAGAAAAGCAUCAGCUGUCAGACAACGACACCUCUGGGAGGCUGAAGGUGCGAGAGGGCACUGACAACAAGGCAGUGGAAUGGAGUCCAGGUGCUGUAGUCAGCCUGCUCGGUCGGCCAAGCCAGCCAUGUAUACAUUCCUUCUAGGAGGUACCUUUAUUACCUUGGGAUCAAGUCGUAUUCUUCUAAUGAAAUACUCUGCCAAUGAAGAUAACCAGUAUGAUUAUCUUCCUGCAACUGUGAAUGUGUGCUCGGAAUUAGUUAAGCUGGUGCUCUGUCUGGUAAUGGCACUCUGGGUCACCAGGAAAGGAGGUUAUUCUCAUAGUGGAUUUGGCUGCAGCUCAUGGAGGCAAUUGAAUAGCUACAUUAAGUGGUCAAUUCCUGCCUUUCUCUAUUUUCUGGAUAACCUGAUUGUCUUCUAUGUCUUGUCCUAUCUCCAGCCAGCCAUGGCUGUGCUUUUCUCAAAUUUUGUCAUUAUAACAACUGCUCUCCUGUUCAGAAUUGUGCUGAAGCGGCAACUCUCCUGGGUGCAGUGGGCGUCCCUGCUGAUUUUGUUCCUGUCUAUUGUCGCCCUGACGGUCGGGACAGGAAGCCACAAGCAUACCUUGGCCAUGCAUGGGUUCCAUCACGACAUCUAUUUCAGCCACUCUAACAGCUGCCUGCAGUAUGCCAGCCUGGAGGAAGAGUGCUCGGGAAGCGAGAACUGCUCGAGAACGUGGCUUUUACCCAGCUUAAGCUGGAACAUCACUGCUGCUACUGGAGCCCUGAGAACCAUUCCCUUUGGGCUAGGACACCUGCUCAUACUGGUGCAGUGCUUCAUCUCUGCCCUGGCCAACAUCUACAAUGAAAAGAUAUUGAAAGAAGGAGGCCAGUUCAGUGAAAACAUCUUUGUACAGAACACCAAGCUGUACCUCUUCGGAGCCAUGUUCAACGCCCUGAUUCUGAGCUUGCGCCCCGAAAACAGGCGCAGGAUAGAACACUGUGGGUUCUUCUAUGGCCACAAUGCGUUCUCCGUCGCCCUUAUUUUUGUCACUGCCUUCCUGGGGCUCUCUGUGGCUUUCAUCUUGAAGUUCCGAGACAACAUGUUUCACGUCCUGUCUGCCCAGGUCACCACCGUGAUCAUCACCACGGUGUCUCUCUUUGUUUUUGACUUCAAGCCUUCCCUGGAGUUCUUCCUGCAAGCUCCUGUGGUGCUCUUGUCCAUAUUCAUCUACCAUUCCAGCAGCCCUCGAUGCGUGGAGUACACCGCUCAGUGGGAGAGGAGCAAAGUCGGUGGAGGGCCCUGGGAGCGCUCCAAUGGGGAUGGAGAAGAACUUGAGAGACUUACGAAGCAAGACAGUGACCAUGAUUCAGAAGAAGAGGCCUUAUAGCCUGGCUUUGGAUUUUUGAAGUACAGAGACAUUCUUAUUUAAGAAAAUGAAGUUUUACUCUGGGGAGUGGUGGGGAGGUUCGGACCAUGACCAACAGGUGGAAGUUUCUUCUUUCUUUUUCGCUAAGGUGGGAUUUUAAAUUGUGUUUUCAUAAAGCUGUGCAAGGUAAUAUAUUAACUACUGUGAAGGGAUCUUGACAAGGGAAGGGACCUAUUCAUAGAGGAUGAGGAUAAUGCCAUAGUUGGCUCUUAAUGAGGACUCCAGGAUCAAAUACAGAUGCCUCUGAAUACCUGUUGUUGGGGAUUAGCAGCCUUCAUGUCCUGUUCAUGGGCUUCUCAUAGUCAUCAGGUUGGCCACGGUGAGAAGUGGGAUGCUGCUCUUUUGGUCUGAUCCAGCACAGCUGCUCUUAUGUCCUUGACUUCUGUAGUUCACGAGAGUGAAUAAUUCCUGCAGAAAGAGAGCGGUCGGCAAUGGUUGCUAGUUCAGAAUGCUUUGGAUGAAGAGACGUAGAACUGGAAGCAUCACUUGGAACUUUCUCACUUGGUUCUUUCACAUGAAUGUAAGAAAGCAUUAAUGCUACUGAAGUUAACCGAGGUACCUUGGUUCAGAGCAAAUGUACAGUAAAUGAAGAAUCAAUAGAUGGAGCCAUAGAGGCUGUUCAUCUUACAGUAUUCUGGAGACACGAGCUGUCAAACUAUUCGCAAUUGUAUGCCACCAACAUCUAAGGAUUUACUCAUAUUUCAGGGGUACUUGAAACAAUGUCAAAUGUGUCUUGACCACCAUGUGUGUAUGCUGUUGCCACUGACGGUUCCUGGCACACAUUUCUGUGAUUUGCACAGUUGAAGAAGUGCAUUUGUCAGACGCACAACUAUGCUUUUAGAUGUAUAUUUAAACUGCUUUACAGGAGCAGCUUUAAAGUAUUGGGCUGUCCACAGUGCUAGUCCUACCCGGAGUAGACCCACUGAAAUUACUGGACAUAAAACUAGUCAUAGCCAUUCAUUUCAGUGGUUCUGCUCUUAGAUAGGAGUAGCAUUGGAUACCUCUGGUACUGUGUGAAGUGGGGUUCAGGGGUGGAUGCAGUUGUAAUAUAUUAAUUCAAAGCUUAGAGUCUCUGACCUUAAAUAGGAGAGGCUUAUAGUAUACAUAAUGGCCAGAGAUGGUCCUAGGAAAGCAGUAAACUGAGUUUUGAAUGUAAAACCAAGAGUAGUGAUGGAAGGAAGUCACAGGCUCGGCGGAGUAUCAGUAUUCAUUUGUACUUGUGCCGGUAUUGAUUUGCAUUUGUGUUGAUUUGUAAAAUGGAAAGUAUGUGUUCUAAAUGUAUGUGUUUGUUAUUGCAAAAAUAAAAAUAUAUUGAAAGGAAAAAAGGAGCACAGGGUAUGCACAAGUUGAUUUCAUCUGUGUGCAGCCCUUUUACACGAGCUGUGAAACAAACCAGGAAAGUGCACUUAAUCAUCAUUUCCCAUGACGAUUCCAUCUCACUGACUAUAGUUAACAGUUUCCAAAUCAGCCAGGAUUCCAAAGCCAACUUUAAACUAUGGUUUCGUAUCCUUUCUUCUUUAGAAGUCACUAACUAUAUUUUCCUAGUUUGAAUGUAUCAGGAAGAUGAUAUAUUAACUGAAACUUCCUGGUUUGUUUCACAGCUCGUGUAAAAGGGCUGCACACAGAUGAAAUCAACUUGUGCAUUUGCUGGCCUAUUCUUGCCACUUGAAAUGGCAAGCUGCAGUGCCUCUCCAUAUUUGAUUUGGGAAUAAGUGCCCACUCUGCCUUUUGUCCCUUAGUUUUAUCUCUUGUCCUCUUUAAUGCCUGUCUCUGUGUACAGUACAACUUUUCUGUGUACUACAACUGUGUAAAAGUGCAGCACAGGGACAAAAAUCUGAAGGAUAAAAUAAAAAGUAACAAAGAACAAUGUUAUGGAUGUAGGCUUAGAACUUUUAACAAUGCCUGCAACCCUUUUCUUAAGUAUGAUUCAAGGAAAUGCAUGUUUUGUAAUUUAACUAGGGUUCAAUCAGGGAUGAGACUGUGUAUAAAGGAAAUAGUAUGACUAGAAAUGGGGUGAGGAGGUCAAGUGUUUCUGAUUUCUUUUCUCUUGUAUUUUUGGUUGGUAGGGGGCUACAAUAUAAUUUGAAAAUCUUGGUAAUACUUGAACUGUCACAGCUUCAGUUUUACACUUCCAGGCCAAGUCCCUACUUGCCAAAAAAACAAACAAACCCAGCAACAAAGCAGUGGGAUGGGCAGAAAUACAGGCACCUAUCUUGCAGAAGUAGAUAAAUGCUCCAGGAAGUGGUGAUCUGAUCAUAUAAGCUUCUUCUUCUUAUUGCACAGAUAACAACUCAUUUUUGUGUCUGUUGAUGGAAAGGUGCAGCCUCUGUGGGUUUCUCAGACUGUUUUAUGACACUCCUAGAACUCAGAAGUAUAUUGGAACAAGUCUAAAUGGAGCAUUCCUUUGAACCUGGCUUAUUUAUUUGAACAGAGUUUGAAAUAAGGAGUUAAUUGUUCCCAAGAGUAGCUUUGAAGCAGGUGUGGUUUAUGCGGACAGUGGUUUUGAUUGUGCUUUAGCUCCUCAUUUGCAUUUGGGAUAGCCUUGCUAGUAAGACAUCUGUUCCAUUGUUUGCUAGUGUAACAGAACAGGAGCUUCCUGGUGUCCACUCUUUCGAUGUUGCUAUUCAAGUGCAUUCAUUAAGGAACUCUGCCUGAAUCCGUUAUAGUGCCUGGUGUUAACCAAAAUGUGGGACCUCUUUGUGGUGUUUCCAUUGUUUUACAGCCCACAUGGCCAAAUAAACUACAGCAUAAAUGGAUCUUGGAUUUUUGUGUGUUUGUAAGGCUAGAAGAUACAUGAGGAAAGAAGACAUUUAUGGAUGAUGAAGCAGAAAUCCUAAGGUUAUUUUUUACAAAGUGGUAAUAACAUGAAUAGGGACGCAGGUGGCGCUGUGGGUUAAACCACAGAGCCUAGGGCUUGCUGAUCAGAAGGUCGGCGGUUCGAAUCCCUGUGACGGGGUGAGCUCCCGUUGCUCGGUCCCAGCUCCUGCCAACCUAGGAAAGCAUAUCAAAAGUGCAAGUAGAUAAAUAGGAACCGCUACAGCGGGAAGGUAAAUGGCGUUUCUGUGUGCUGCUCUGGUUCGCCAGAAGCGGGUUUGUCAUGCUGGCCACAUGACCUGGAAGCUGUACGCCGGCUCCCUCAGCCAAUAAUGCGAGAUGAGCGUGCAACCCCAGAGUCGGUCACGACUGGACCUAAUGGUCAGGGGUCCCUUUAUCUUUAAUAAUAUGAAUGGGUAUAUAUGCUGCCAGUAACUGCGUAUGAAUACGGACUGUUCUGUUAAUGGAGUUUUGUGAACCACAUCAAAUUGAUCCACAAAUUGCAUGCAACUCACAAGUUGGGUAUCCACUUUAUCCAAGGUAUUAUUAAUACCUUGGAUACUCAUUCUGGACUCACAGCUGCCCAUGGAGGCGCAGGUCAAUUCUGUGUCCAGGGUAGCUGUCUGUCAGCUCCAUCUGGUACUCAGGCUGAGACCCUACCUGCCCACAGACUGUCUCACCAGAGUGGUGCAUGCUCUAGUUCUCUCUCGCUUGGACUACUGCAAUGCGCUCUAUGUGGGGCUACCUUUGAAGGUGACCCGGAAACUACAACUAAUCCAGAAUGCGGCAGCUAGACUGGUGACUGGGAGCGGCCGCCAAGACCACAUAACACCGGUCUUGAAAGACCUACAUUGGCUCCCAGUACGUUUCCGAGCACAAUUCAAAGUGUUGGUGCUGACCUUUAAAGCCCUAAACGGCCUCCGUCCAGUAUACUUGAAGGAGCGUCUCCACCCCCAUCAUUCUGCCCGGACACUGAGGUCCAGUGCUGAAGGCCUUCUGGUGGUUCCCUCACUACGAGAAGCCAAGUUACAGGGAACCAGGCAGAGGGCCUUCUCGGUAGUGGCACCUGCCCUGUGGAACGCCCUCCCACCAGAUGGCAAAGAGAAAAACAACUACCAGACUUUUAGAAGACAUCUGAAGGCAGCCCUGUUUAGGGAAGCUUUUAAUGUUUAAUCGAUUAUUGUAUUUUAUUUUAAUGUUCUGUUCUGUUGGAAGCCGCCCAGAGUGGCCGGGGAAACUCAGCCAGAUGGGUGGGGUAUAAAUAAAUUACUACUACUACUACUACUACUACUCUGGAAUCUUCUGGGGCAAAAGAGGAGUAAAGCCUGUGGCGACUUGCCCAAACAAAGAAUGCCC